GCGUGAGAAAGUUGCCAUUGGGGUAAGGGGAGGCUUGACGCUACAUUGUAACGCUGAUAGUGGGGGUCGUUUUUAAAAAAAAAAUCAGAAGUAACUACAUUCUCUUCUCAUGAAACCUUUUUUUUGGACUGCACUCCAUUAUCUGCCUGAUGUUUAAUCGAAUAUAGCCUAUUGUUGGAUAACGAAUUGGGCUAUACAUUUUUGCCAAGAAUUCACCACAACCUACCGCGGCAAGUCAAGUGGGAAGUCUUCUUUGCAAUUAACUUCUGUGGAUUUGUUCUUGGCUUCUUCACUGACCGCGUUGUGGUCUGGACUCUGGAGUUUCAGGCUUUUGGGAUAUUGCUGCGUGGACAGGAUCACCCAACCUAUAUCGGAGAAACGCUAUAGCCUACUCUUUCGGCCUCAAAUAAUUUAUGUUUUCCUCUUUUCUGGAUGACACGUCUCCCUUGGUUGUAUGGUUGAUACGUGGUGAUGUGUUAAAAUAGAGAGAAACUAAUAUUCUUUCGCGCCUCAUUCGUCGGAUCACCGCUGUUCAUCAGAGAUCUAGGAAGACUAACGUUCGGACGUUUGUUGUCUUUUCUCGGCCAGUCUCAGAAGCUAGGAUGAAUUUAUCGUAGCCUAAUCUGGAGCGUCCCUGCACCGGUCUCUAUCUUGUUACCAGACGGGUUUUUAGGAGGAGGCCAUCUGCGGAGCUAGUACGAUGUUCCCCCAGGGUCGGCACCCGACGCCCCACCAGGCCCCGGGUCAACCUUUCAAAUUCACCAUCCCGGAGUCACUGGACCGCAUCAAAGAGGAAUUCCAGUUCCUCCAAGCACAGUACCACAGUUUGAAGCUGGAGUGUGAGAAACUGGCCAAUGAGAAGACUGAGAUGCAGAGACACUAUGUCAUGUACUAUGAGAUGUCCUACGGGCUGAACAUUGAAAUGCACAAACAGACAGAGAUCGCCAAGAGGCUUAACACAAUCUGUGCACAAGUCAUCCCCUUCCUUUCUCAGGAGCACCAACAGCAGGUGGUCCAGGCAGUAGAGAGGGCCAAGCAGGUCACCAUGGCUGAACUCAACGGUGUCAUUGGAGUGCGAGGGCUUCCUGGUCUACCACCCACGCAACAGCACCUGUCCCACGCCCACGGCCCCCCCGUCCCCCUCACCCCUCACCCCGCGGGGCUACACCCAGCACACCUUGGGGGAGGGGCCAGCCUACUGGCCCUCUCCAGUGCCCUCGGGGCUCCGCCUCCCCACCUGGCUGGCAAGGAGGACAAGAAACAAACUGUGGAGACGGAGCACCUGAGAGAGCGAGAGCCCGGCACCAGUAAUGCCCUGCUGGUGGCAGAAAGUUUACGCAACUCAGAGAAGCGACGCAAUGGACCUGAAUUCCCCAACGACACUAAGAAGAGGAAAAUCGAGGAGAAGGACUCAAGUCACUAUGAUACAGAUGGAGAGAAAAGUGAUGACAACUUGGUGGUGGAUGUAUCCAAUGAGGACCCAGCAUCCCCUCAUCGUACACCCCUGCCCUCCCCCAGGGAGAACGGGCUUGACAAGACACGCCUCCUGAAGAAGGACCCUUCCUGUAGUCCCGCCUCCACAGCCUCAUCUGCAAGCUCCUCCUCCCUGAAGUCCAAAGAGAUGGGAAUGCGGGAUAAGCCGGGCACGCCCGGGCUGAAGUCGAGCACUCCGACUCCCCGGGGAGACUCAACCCCAGGGCCCAGUGCCGCGGCGUCCCUCCGCCCCAGCCUCUCCAAACCCCCCUCCAUGGACCUGCCUCACCCCCCCAAUCUUGUCUACUCCCUAGCCGCUGGUCUCCGGACCCCCCUGGCGGUGCAGGGGCCGUAUCCCGGGCCCUUUGGCAUGUUGCCCCAUGCUGCCAUGAACGGGGAGCUGGCUGGAGCAGCCUAUGCCAGCCUCCACAACAUGUCCCCGCAGAUGAGUGCUGCAGCUGCCGCUGCAGUAGCUGCCUAUGGACGUUCACCAAUGGUGGGCUUUGACCCCCAUCCUCACAUGAGAGUUCCCGGAAUGCCCCCCAGCUUAUCGGGAAUCCCUGGAGGAAAACCGGCCUACUCCUUCCAUGUCAGUGCCGACGGACAGAUGCAGCCAGUGCCCUUCCCUCCGGACGCCCUGGUGGGCCCAGGCAUCCCGCGCCACGCCCGCCAGAUCAACACGCUGAACCACGGUGAGGUGGUGUGUGCCGUCACCAUUAGCAACCCCACCAGACACGUCUACACCGGCGGCAAGGGUUGUGUCAAGGUCUGGGACAUCAGUCACCCUGGCAACAAGAGCCCCGUGUCCCAACUGGACUGCCUAAACCGAGACAACUACAUCCGCUCCUGCCGCCUGCUCCCGGAUGGGCGGACUCUCAUCGUCGGGGGCGAGGCCAGCACCCUGUCAAUCUGGGACCUGGCCACACCCACCCCACGCAUCAAGGCGGAGCUGACGUCUUCCGCCCCCGCCUGCUACGCCCUGGCCAUCUCGCCGGACUCCAAGGUCUGCUUCUCCUGCUGCAGUGACGGGAACAUCGCCGUCUGGGACCUGCACAACCAGACCCUGGUCAGGCAGUUCCAGGGUCACACCGAUGGGGCCAGCUGUAUUGACAUCUCCAAUGACGGAACCAAGCUGUGGACUGGAGGUCUGGACAACACCGUCCGCUCCUGGGACCUGAGGGAGGGACGACAGCUACAGCAGCACGACUUCACCUCACAGAUCUUCUCUCUUGGGUACUGUCCGACGGGCGAGUGGCUGGCGGUGGGCAUGGAGAGCAGCAACGUGGAGGUGCUCCACGUCACCAAACCAGACAAGUACCAGCUGCACCUCCAUGAGAGCUGUGUCCUGUCCCUGCAGUUUGCCUCCUGUGGUAAAUGGUUUGUCAGCACAGGCAAGGAUAACCUGCUGAAUGCGUGGAGAACACCGUAUGGAGCCAGCAUAUUCCAGUCUAAAGAGUCUUCGUCAGUGCUAAGCUGUGACAUCUCGGUGGAUGAUAAGUACAUAGUUACAGGUUCUGGAGAUAAGAAGGCCACUGUCUAUGAGGUCAUCUACUAGGCUUCACCGGUGAGCAGAUCGGUCACUGACAAACCAAAGGGCUUUCUACUGUCCUACAACUGGCCCUGGGUCUGGGCAGUCUACAGAACGUUGUACAAACAGGACCUUGUUCCAUCCUACAACUGGCCCUGGGUCUGGACAGUCUACAGAACGUUGUACAAACAGGACCUUGUUCCAUCCUACAACUGGCCCUGGGUCUGGACAGUCUACGGAACGUUGUACAAACAGGACCUUGUUCCAUCUUACACCUGACCCUGGGGAUCCUACAGAACAUUACGCGACCUUAUACGUGACCUUGUACUGUCCUACAACUGGCCCCGGGUCAGCGGAUCCUACAGAACAUUCUAUAUAUGUGACUUUGGGCAGAGCACCUGAUUAGAACAAUGACCGCCAGACAGGUGAACGGGUGGAAGUAGAGACGACAGGACAGAUGAACGGUAUAGAGACAGACUGAUGGAUGUGGUUGGAUAGAGAUGGGGAUAGAUUGAUGAUAGAGACAUGUGGAUGAAUGGAUGGAUGAUGGAUAUGACUUGAGAUGGGGAUGGAUGGACGAU